CGGUUGGAUUUGCUUAAACUUCACUUACAGCUUAGUUUAUCUACCGAUGAAUGUGAGGCCGGUUGUAUAACUUGUAGGUACUCGUACUUGUAUGUGGCACAAUGCCGAACUGUGUUUCAAUGCAAAGGGCUUCUGAUCGGAACAUUUCGUGAAUCGUUUCGCGUGUCAAAGUGAAACAGUUUCCUGCAGUUUUUGUUGCGUAACGCUUCAUUGGUGAAUAUCAGAAUCAAUGAUCAUGAUGCCUAAGAGGCAACCCAUCACAUCACAUAGGAUGUUUAACAGGCCACAGUCAGCGAAUACGCGGCAAGAGGCCGAAAUGAUGGGCAAGGCCAAACGGCAAAUCACAGUGGUUAAAGAUCCAGUGGAGAAGUUGCGUCUAUUGUGCCUGUCCAGAGGGACAACUGGCAUCUUGGGGCUGGGCAGGAUAUUUCGACGCAUGGAUGAUGACGGUAACAAAUCGCUGAAUCUUGAAGAAUUCACAGAAGGGAUGAAUGAUACAGGAAUGGAUCUGAACGAAGAAGAAACCAAAGCAUUGUUUGACCGUUUCGACAAGGAUGGGAGUGGCAGCAUCGACAUGGAUGAGUUCCUGUCAGCCAUUAGGCCCCCAAUGUCCAACUCACGACUGAAAGUGAUCAACGAAGCGUUCAAGAAAUUAGACAAAACUGGUGAUGGAGUGAUCACUAUUGACGACCUCAGAGGCGUGUACUCUGUGAAGAUGAACCCUCGGUACAUGAGCGGGGAGGAGACAGAGGAACAGAUCCUCAGCAAGUUCCUAAAUAACUUCGAGAAAGAUGAGAGUACCAGAGACGGCAAGGUGACAGAAGAGGAGUUUGUUAACUACUACUCCGGUAUUAGCGCAUCUAUCGACAAUGACGCGUACUUUGACUUGAUGAUGCGUCAGUCGUACAGACUGUAAGAAUCACGUGCGAGGUCUUGAGUCAUGGUCACGCAUGGAGGAAGCAUCACCGAGCGAGCAGCUGACAGCACUGCUGGAAUGGGCAGGACUUGACGAUUCCAAGAAGGGAAAUAAAUAUCUGCAAGAAACAAAAGCUUCUUAGCAUAAAUUAUGCUGAGCAACUUUCUCAUACAGUCUCUCUCUGCGUCGUAUUUCGAAACUCUGAAUCUAAUUUUCUAUUUACGUGAUCUCGGGAGAAGCCAAUCAUUUGAAGUUGGGCACAAAGAACAGCUUAAACUGAGACAUAAAGUACCGUAUAACACUUUUUAUAUUCUCAAAAUACAAAUUUUGUGUAAGUCCCACGUGCCUUCAACAUCCUCGAUAGCGUAGUGCUUAAUUAGUUAAGCACAGGGGCAACUUUAUCUUUACCUAUGUAAGAGUCCUUUAAAAUGCCUUAAUUUUCCGCCUUUCUGUUUCUUAUCAAGUUCUCCAUCCAGGGGAAAGAAGGUAAAGCAAGCGCAUUAAUUUUACAGGUAAUAUUACGAUAUCAGUGAAGUGUCUGGGGAGAUAAUGAAUAUUAAAUAAAUAUAUAUAAGUAAAUGUAAAUAAAUAAUUAGCUGUUUUCUCGAUAUAUAAUAUUUAAUUGAUUUAUUAUCUCCUUUAGUUGCUUGCAGUUUGACUGAGAGUUACAAGUGAGAUAGUAGUGAAAAGAUGGUUUCUUGAUGUGCACUUAUUGUCUGUUAAGUUGAUGACUGAAAAAUAAAGUUUAAUAAACCUA